UUUUUCAAUCGAGAAUAUCUAUAUUAAAUCAUCGAUAUUUUAAAGGAAGGCUUUGAGAUCCCUGAUGAAAAUGAACAACAACAAAGCAUUGAACAAGAUUUUUAAAAUAAGGCGGUGUGUCUAUAUAUAUAUAUAUAUAUUUUAUAUAUUUGUUUGUAUGUGUGUCGGUUAUUUGUGACUCUUUUCCGCUUAUUUGCAUGGAUUGAAAGUCUAAAACAUAUAUUGAACAUUAUAUUGUCAAUUUUAGGAAGGUUUUGCGCAACCUGAUCAAGAGAACGAUACUUAUGAUUUAGAUAAUGAAAAUAUUAAUAAUGACAAUGGUGCUGGUCUAAUUGCUGGCGAUGAUGAAACAUAUUAA